AUGGCCCUUUUCUUGUUUCUUUUGUUUGUGUCCGGCAUCCAAUUCCUCUUCUUUCUUUUGCUGUUGAUCUCACAUCGACAGUAGCUCCUUCUUGUUCAGGGUCAUCAGAUGAGAGAUCUUCCUCUGACUCUAAGAAAUCAGUCAAAUGGGAGGCUACCCUCGACUCACCUCUCUAUCUAUAAAACCUUUCCCAGAGGAGAGUAGAAGCUCUAGGAUGAGUAUAUCCUAGAUUCCGGGAUUCAUUCUUGUCCUGAUCCACUAUGGAAGUUUUGAAAUCUACAAAAACAUUCUAGGAGAGGGCUCGUAAUGAUCUUCUCAAAGAUCACAAGGUGUUGAAGUGGCAGGAUAGGUAGGGGGAUCUGUAAGUUUUUGUGAAAGGGAUGCUCUUAUCAUGUUAUUGCUGAAAAGAAAAACCGAAUUCCUCUAUUUAAUUCGAUUCAUCCACACUUCCAUUCCCUGUAGAGGAAGGCUAACUACUUGCUGGCUGAGAGCUGUAUGAGCAAUAAUGUCCACAUACGGUUCCGUG